CAUUUUAUCUCACAGCUAAGAGAGCUAACUGGGGAUUGGAAGUACAGGCAGCAAGCAUCUCAGGAAGAGAAACAGAGGGAAAGGCAUUCUGCAAACCAGAAUUAAGUGGUCCUGUGCCUCCUUGUCAUCCUCUUAAGGUCACCCAGCAGUGAGCACCCAAAAGAGUGUACCUGAAACAGAACUUAAAUUUUGGGCAGGCGUUUUUCUAGACAAGCUAUAGUUACGAGGUGCUUAAACAAACUUCAAAAUCAUGGCUGAAAAAGAGAGGUGAACAGGCUUUGAAUGUACUUGAAAUAUGAUUGUUGGUGAGCUUAUUUACAUCUCCUGGAAGAUUUGGACUUUUGGGUCAGUUUCAUUUAUACCACUUGGAAGAUUUGGGAUUUUCUAUUCGAUCUUGCCUUUUACAUGUGCUGCCCAAGAUCCCGUCAAUGUCGGAUGGAGAUUAGGAAGGCAAGGGAGCCAAGUAAUAAACGGGUCAGGCCUCUUUCUAGAGUGACGUCACUAGCAAGUUUAAUUCCUCCUGUCCGAGCAACUCCUUUGAAGCGAUUUGGUCAGACCCUUCAGCGCUCCAUCAGUUUCCGGAGUGACAGUCGUCCUGAUCUGCUUGCUUCACGUCCCUGGACUAGAAAUGUACCCCCUGCUAGCACCAAGCGAAGAGACAGCAAACUGUGGAGUGAGACCUUUGAUGUCUGUGUCAAUCAGAUGCUCACAUCCAAAGAAAUCAAGCGCCAAGAGGCUAUUUUUGAACUUUCACAAGGAGAAGAAGAUUUGAUAGAAGACUUGAAAUUAGCAAAGAAGGCUUACCAUGACCCAAUGCUUAAGCUCUCCAUAAUGUCAGAACAAGAGCUGAACCAAAUUUUUGGAACACUGGAUUCUUUAAUUCCUCUACAUGAAGAUCUUCUUAGAAGACUGAAAGAAGUUAGGAAGGCUGAUGGAUCUACAGAUUCAGUUGGUCAUAUCCUUGUGAGCUGGCUACCUUGCCUGAAUUCCUAUGAUAGCUAUUGCAGCAACCAAGUAGCUGCUAAAGCAUUGCUGGAUCAUAAAAAACAGGACCAUCGAGUACAUGAUUUCCUACAACGUUGUCUAGAGUCACCUUUCAGUCGCAAACUGGACCUCUGGAACUUCCUUGACAUCCCAAGAAGCCGUCUGGUGAAAUACCCAUUGCUACUAAGAGAGAUUCUGAGACACACACCAAAUGAUCAUCCAGACCACCAGCACCUUGAAGAAGCUAUUAAUAUUGUCCAAGGCAUAGUGGCAGAAAUCAACAAGAAGACAGGUGAAUCUGAAUGUCAGUAUUAUAAAGAGAGGCUAAUAUAUCUUGAUGAAGGCCAAAAGGAUUCCCUGAUAGAUGAGUCACGUGUUGUAUGUUGUCACGGUGAACUAAAGAACAACAGAGGAGUGAAAUUGCAUGUCUUUCUCUUCCAAGAAGUGCUAGUAAUUACUCGAACAGUUACACAUAAUGAACAACUCUGCUACCAAUUGUAUCGUCAACCCAUCCCUGUGAAGGAUCUUGUUUUGGAGGACUUGCAAGAUGGAGAGGUGCGAUUAGGUGGAUCCAUACGUGGUGCAUUUAGCAACAAUGAGAGAAUCAAAAAUUUUUUCAGAGUCAAUUUCAAAAAUGGAUCUCAGAGCCAGUCCCAUUCAUUACAAGCAAAUGACACCUUCAACAAACAGCAGUGGCUCAACUGUAUCCGUCAAGCCAAAGAAUCUGUCUUGUGCACAUCAGGAGAGGGUGGACUAUCCGAUUCUGAGGGACGUUUAUUAACAUCCUCAAGCAGGAACAGAAUAUCACGGCAAGAAUCAAAACUUGAGCAAAUGGACCAGUCAGACAGUGGGUCUGACUGUAGUAUGGACACCAGCGAAAUCAGCAUUGACUGUGACCACAUGGAACAGACAGACUCUUGGGAGAAGGACCAAGAUCUAGAAAGCAAUGUCUGACAAAAACUUCAUAGAGGUCUUCUAUGUUUUACCUGUACAGUAUCAGCAUUCCAUAUAUGGAGCAAGAAGCACUUUUUAAUAUUUUUGUGACAAUGUCAACUCAGCCACUAUUAUAUUUGUACCUUGUGACCACAGUACUGUAAAUGCCAGUGUGCGUAAUUUGGAAUGUAUGGCAACUAUAAUCCUGUGAUAUUCUAUAAAUGUCUCAGUGGCUGAGAGAGGUACUUGACCAAUUACUUAAAAUGUCCUGCUGGUAGAUAUAUUCUCUAUACUACUGUUUUUAUGCAUAUUAUACAAUGGAUGUCUCUGUUCAUAAAGUGCCCAGUUUUGACCUCUCACAUAGCAGCUGAAUGCAAGGCAUCUCUAAAGGUUGUCAAAGUCUGAAAUGUGUUUCAGAAAGCUCGAAAGGCUAAAAUUAAAUGGUUCAUUACCUUGUGACUUGACAUACACCAUCAGGUGACUACUUGCAAGUGUGCAUGAGCUAUUACAGAGUGGACUUGCACAUCACCUCGGACAUGUUUUCAGUAGAAUCUGUUCACAAAGCACUGAGAAAUCAAGCAACGUACAAGUAUUUGGGAACCAGACCUACAGGGUAAGCUAACAGCUCAGCAGCAAUCCUAAAAUGCAGAAUGAUUCUUAGGUUUUUAGGAAGAAAUGCAUCUAACAGUUAAAUUAUGGCUAUUGCAGUAUGUGUAUCCCCUUAGUACCCAGAUGCAAACUAAACAAUCUGAAAGGAGAUGGUGCUACCGCUGCUGAAUUUUCUUGCAGAUAAAUAGGUCAUAGUGAAUUUUCUAACUCAUUUGUAAUAAGACCUCUGAAAACCUCCAGGAAAAAAGUAAACCUGAUACACCCCAAUGACUAAGGACUUUAUCACACAGGGAAAAUUGGGGUGGGUGGGGGUUAAACAGUGGAAAUUGUGUGAAAAUCAUGCACUCACGAUGAACAUUUUCAUAUGACGUCUUGAUUAAAGUGCCAUUAUCCCAGUAAUAAACAGGCAAUAAACAGCAACAAAUCAUUCACAGGAAAAUCCCGUGAAUGAUUUGUUGCUGUUUAUUGCCUGUUUAUUCCUGGGAUAAUGGCUCUUUAAUUGCGAUGUGUGUGAAAAUAUUAAUUGCAAUAAUGUGAUUUCCACAUGAUUUUCACUGUUUAAACCUGCAAUUUUCUGUGCGAUUAAGUCCUUAGUUAAAACUGGUAGUUUUGUUUUCAUGCAGCCAUGCCCGAGUGCGCAGCCAGGAGUUGUGUAUGAAAUGGUGAUCUCUAAUAUCCAUAAUAAUGUUUUGCAUUUACAUUUCAAUAUUUCAGUAUUUUAGCUGCAUCUAUUGUCAUUCAGAGUUUCGGACAUUAUUCAUGGAAUUAAAUUAAACUCUUCCUUCUUCCCUUAUUCCCAGUUGCUCAGACCACAACAACCACUGCUAUGUUAUUGGGCACUAUUACUGACCUCCUCCACAGCAAAUCUAUUGGGUGCCCUCUCAAGAACCAGGAUUCAGAACAAAGGCCAGGCAGUUUCUGCGUUAUUUGAGAUGCUUAUGAAAAACUGAAAAAUGGGAUCACACCAGAUAUGCUCACAAAAUUAUCAUUUAUUCACGGUUCAGAGAAGUCACCUUCGACAAUUUGCAAGGUUAACUAUUAAGAUUUUAAGAGGGUUAAUUUAUUAUGAUUAAAAUAAAAAAAUGAUUAUUUGCAAAUUGUAUUUAAAGCUCUGGUUCACAUUCAUUUUUUCUAAGAAGACAUCCAAAGAAAUUUUGCCUUAUUGAGAAACCUGUUUGCUUCCCGAGACAACUGUCUGUGUAUCCACUGGUACUGCAACUCUGGCAACUCCGUUACAUCUCAAAAAGUGUUAGGCUUAUUCUUUUAUGAUACUUGGAGGACAUCUCUGGUUAGCUCUGCACCCUUGAAGUUGGGGAAAUGCCAAUCAAAUUAGUAGUUUGGGGUCAAACUUUUAAAUGAAAGUUUGAAAAAUACUGAAAUGUUUAAUUUGAUCUACUUCUUGCUCAUGCGACUCUAACGUACAGUUUAGUGCACUGAAAGGAUCUUUUCUACUAUUACUACUUACUUUCCAUGCCAUAUAAGAUUCCAACCUCAGUGCAAGCAGUACUAUUCAUAAAAUAUUGCCAAAAUGUGUAUUUCAAAUAUUUUACAUGUUUACUGAAAAAUUAGGGAAAUAAAAUAAAGUAUCAACAUUCCUUUGUACAUGUUUUGCUGGAUGUUAGAGGAGUCAUUGUGUUGCAGUCAUUAUGUUGAGAGAAUCAAUAUAACAUAGGUUAUUUUACUUCUAUUUUUAUAAAGUUCUUAAGCUAUUUUUCCUCUUUAGAACAUAUUACUGUAUGUACAGAAUUUAAAUGGGAUAAUUGUUUUGUAUUUCAGUCUUGUAAUUUAUUUAAAUUGCUUCAUUUUGGAAGUUGAAUAUUAAGAACAAGAUAAAUAUGGCUUAGCAUCCACUUUGGAUCAGUAGAACUAUUUACAAAAGGCAAUAGAAGGUAUAUGAGGCCGCAUUCCUGUACACACUUACCUGUGCAUAAUUCCCACUGAUUACAGCGUUGCUUGUUUUCAGUAAAAAUUCACAAGGCUCCACAAUAAGGAUGUAAUCAGUUCAAAAGACAACAACUUGCCAAAAUGUUGGGGGAAUGGUUGUCUUCAUUUAUUAAAAAGUAAUGUAUGUACUGAAUUCAUCUUUUUGGCAUACUGCCUUACGCUUUUCUCAAGGUAUUUCAAUAAAUUACACUAAAGUGUUUUUUUUUUGUUUUUUUAAAAAAUGGCUUACUAUGUAAAAGUAGAGCCUUCAGAACUCCUAAUGGUUUCUGACAAAUCCUACAUUUUAUAGAAGUUAAAUCGUAUUAUUCUGGAUUAUAUAUAUAUAAUUCUCCAGACUUGAC